AUGAAUUAUUGUCGUAAAACACUUCUAAACAGAAGACAGCAGAUAAAUCUUACCUAUAUUCGGAAUUUACAUUCGCGUGACGAAAUAUUACCAAUGAAAAAAUUAAAUAUUACAUCAUAUGGAUCAGUUCAACAUCGUCAUGAAAUUAUAUCAAAAAUUGAAACAAUAAUAACAAAUUGUGGUGGUUAUGUUAAUGAUUACAAUUUCUUUUCAGAUUUUGCUGUUAGUUUACAAAUCUUAGGUCUUCGACAACCCGAUUCAUUAACUGAAUUUUAUCGACAAUUAAAAUCAAAUGUGAAACAAUUACGAUUAGAUAGUCAAACUAUUCGUCUGUUAGAUAAUCAAUGUAAAAGUUUUGAUCAAUAUUUAUUAUUUAUUCUUUUUCAAAUACUAUUCAUUGAUGCUAAAGGUGAUACAUGA